ACUGGUCGCCAGUUUGCUAAAAAAAACACAGCAACGAUGGGUCAGUUACGUAAAAUAUUUAAUCGGUUACUUGGACCAGUUUUUGCCAUCACUGUCCUGCUUACGUCCAUUUUUGGCGGAUACAUUAUAACUUUAUUUUCGCCAGUUCUGUUUCUUAAUCAGCAUCGACUAUGGAGAUCUUUGAUGGAUCGAGCAAUCAGCUUUUGGAUCAUUGUUCCAAUGGCAUUUUUGCGGUUUCUCUUUGGUGUUUCCGUAAAAGUAACAGGCGAUGCAAUCGAAGGUGGCAAACCAGCCGUAAUACUAAUGAAUCAUCGGACUAGACUUGACUGGAUGUUUUUAUGGCUUGCCGUAUACAAAAUAAAUCCAUGGCUUUUAACAACGAGUAAAUAUUCUUUGAAAGCCCAGUUAAAGAUGCUUCCAGGAGCAGGUUUUGGUAUGGCCGCGCACCACUUUAUAUUCUUAGAACGUAAUGUUGAAGAGGACAAGAAACGUCUGUCUGAAGCUGUCGAGUACUACUCCAAAGUUGGUGGCUUCUAUCAGGUCUUAAUUUUCCCUGAGGGAACUGACAAGACAAAACACACAACGAUGAGGAGCACUGAGUAUGCAAAAAAGAACGGUUUUAAAGAGCUAUCAUAUUUGCUCUAUCCGCGAGCGGCAGGGACUGCUAUCCUGAUCACAAAAAUGAGAGAAUGCGGGUAUAUUAACUGCGUUUAUGAUGUUACCGUAGGCUAUCCAGACGCUAUUGUGCAAACAGAAUUAGAUCUAGUUAAAGGGAAAGCACCAGAGUGUGUACACUUUGACAUACGCAGAAUCGACAUAUCUGAAGUGCCUAGAACGUCGAGUGAAAUAGCUAGCUGGAUAAACUCGUAA